GCCCGACUAAUGAGGAAAUAUUGCUCAAUCCACGGCACGCGAAGAUCUAAGCAUGUACGCAGGUGAGACAAACGGACGUCAGCCACGACGUGAUCAGCGAGUCCGUGUGGGCAUCAUCGGCUUCUCGGCGGGUUUCUUCCUCCAUGUGAUCGCCAUGAUGACGCCCUACUGGGUGGUGCUCGACCACUCCAACUACAACGGCUUGUGGUAUGGGUGCAAACUGUUUAGUUUUGAGCAGGACUGUAGAUACAUCCCGACCCGGAAUAAUUCUGCUGAGGAGUCAAUGUCGUUGUUGGCGCUAGCAUGUUGUAUUUUCACUUUGAUUGGUAUUGCGCACCACUCUUGGAAACGAAACCGAAAGUCCCUCCUUGUGUUGACUGGAUUCAUACUAUUAUCUGGGGUGUUUGCCCUACUCACGGUCAUCCUGUUUGGAGUCAAGCAUCCACAAUAUCUGAGUUGGUCGUUCAAACUGGAUUGUGCCUCGGCAGCCAUUUUGCUGCUUUCUGCGGGAAUCUGUCUGUCCGGUAUUGGACAGGACCAGUAUGAGAUGCUCUCAUAGAAACCGAUUUAAUAACGAUUUGUGGACAGAAGCGAUUUAUCGCCAGGGAAGUGAUCUGUGCAUUCGCUAUGAAGCGAUUUAUUGAUCCACAUAAAAUAUGUGUGUGCGUGAAUGUACCUACAUGUGCCUGUGUAUAUUUGUGUGCGUGUAUGUAUGUGCGCGAGUGUGCGUGCGUAUAAUACCAACAUCUUCCUUCUCUUCAUUAACAUGAUCAUCACGACCAUCAUCAUCAUCCACAUUUAAAUCAUAAAUCAAUAAUUAAUCGGUAUUAUAAGGCAGACAGUUUUCGCCCUGGCUGUGAUAUAUCGGGGAAUUCGCACACCGAGGUCGGUACACUAAAUGACUUCCUUUCCUAAUUAGUCCGCCCAGUUUAUGAAAUGUCCCACCCCAAAUUUCAACAACAUUUAUUCAUUUAACUUUCAUGAAGAUACUUCCCACAUGUCUGUCUCGCUUUUCAUCCAUCCGUCCGUUCGUCCGUUCGUCAAUCUAUCUGUAUUUUACUGUAUGUCUGUCUGACUAUCUAUCCAUAUAUCGGUUUAGCUCUGUCAAGCUACCUACACCUCUAUCAAUAUAAAGAGAGACACACACACACACACACACACACACACACAGGCGCGCGUGCACACACACAGACACACACACAGGCGCGCGUGCACACACACACACACA